AUGGAGCGCCUUGAGAUGGACUCUUUGGAAAGGGAAAAUAUGGGCUUUGGAAAAGUCACGCUAACUCAAGAUGCAAAUGUCUCCAAUGCCUAUGACUGCCAGUGUAAAACAGGACCUACGGAGCAGGCGUCGCCUAAGCGACUUUUCAAUUUCACCCAGAUAUUCUUUUUCUCACUAACUUACUUGUCAAGCUGGGAGACUCAGGCUUUGAAUUUGAGCACGGUACUCUCAAACGGGGGCCCUGAAGCCUUAGCUUGGGGUAUAGUCAUUGUAGUGUUUGGUGCAAUGGCUCAAUCUGCCUCGCUAGCCGAGAUGGCGUCGAUGCAACCAAUUGCUGGGGCUCAAUAUCACUGGACGCACUACCUGGCACCGACCAAUCAGAAGAAAUUUAUUACUUGGAUGCAGGGUUGGGUGACCUGGCUUGCAUGGAUUUCCGUACUCGCUGGUGUCGCCAAUACCACUGCCACGAUGAUCCAAGGCCUAGCGAGCGUGAAUUACCCGGAGUAUGACCCAAAGCAAUGGCACAUAACUCUCAUAAUCAUCGGAAUGCUUAUUGUCGAAGCGUUGAUGAACAUGUAUACAUUUUGGCUGAUUCCGUGGAUUGAAAUGCUGGCGGGUAUUCUGCACAUCUGCCUUUUGAUUGUGUUUUUGGUGGUAUUCACAGCUCUAGCACCCCGUCACAGAGCAGACUUCGUCUUUCUACACACCCAAAGCACCUCGGGUUGGUCAAAAUUCCCUGCAUGGAACAUAGCUCUGCUCACCCCAGUCUGGGGGUUCGUUGGGUUUGAUGGCGCAGUACACAUGAGUGAAGAAGUCCGCCGAGCAAAACAAGCCGUUCCUAGGUCUAUAAUCUAUACCGUCGUUGCCAACGGUAUCCUGGCAUACGCCAUGGUUGUAUGUAUGCUCUUCACAAUGGGAUCGGUGGAGGAAGCCCAGAAAUCAAGCUUUCCGAUAAUCGAAAUCUGCCGGCAAGCAACUGGGUCUGUGAAAGCGGCCACCGCAAUGGUGAGCGGUUUACUUGUGAUCUCGUUGUCGGUCAAUUUGGCGAGUAUUGCUUCUGUAUCAAGAUUGACGUGGGCUUGGGCUCGUGACGGAGCCUUGCCCCGGUGGUUCAGUUAUAUCGACCGCAAGCACAACGUGCCAAUUCGUGCUGUUUGGCUACCAGUUCUCGUCGUUAUGAUCCUAGCGUGCUUGAAUAUUGCGGAUGGUGCCGCCUUUGGCGCGUUCGUUGCACUCGGGUCGAUUGGCCUCUUUGUAUCAUAUUUUAUUGCUAUUAGCUGUAUGGUGCAUAACCGGUUUCAGAAGCAUGCGGCGUCUCUUGGGAACUGGAACAUGGGGAUAUGGGGGCUUCCGGUCAAUGUCUUUGCUUUGGUAUAUACUGCCUGGGUAUCGGUGUGGCUGGCAUUCCCAUCAUCGUUACCGGUUACUGGCGAGAACAUGAAUUAUGCAGCACCAAUUUUUGGUGCGACUACUUUGUUCGCUUUUGUUUAUUGGUUUAUCAAGGGACGGACGCGGUGGGAGGGAUUGAACAAGGAGGUUAUUCGACUCGUUGUCGAAAGGGGAGGACUUCAGUUGAAAUAA